AUGAUCGCCACCGCCGCCAGUGGAGCCUUCGACGGCGCAGGUGCCAAUCAGGUGCGUGAGUGGGUGGACUUCGUCAUCGAUGUCGACGUCGACCCCGCCAAGAAGCACGAUCUCUUCCACUGCGUGUCUGUCGCACGGCUGCUGGCCGAGACGGGGGGCAGCAUCGCGCCAGCCGACUUCGAAGACCCUCGCAUGCGGGACAUGAUCAAGGCGAGCAUUCCCGUUCACGCCACCCCGUAUGCCAGCGAACAGGACGACCCGUGGAAGAGCUGGAAAGUCUCGCCAGCGCAGAUUGUCUCGGCACUCAAGGUGCAGGGGGACUCAGUUUUCAAGUUGCAGGACCGGAAACUCGAGCUGGGCAUGCAGUAUUUCGCCAAGGAUGCACUCCCGUCAGAGGAAGUCCUCGCGAAGUUCGAGGCGGCGGGGAAGAUCGCGCACGACGAGGGCAGGCCUUGGGUCGGGUCCGCUGAGGGCGAGGAUCUGCGCGAUCACCACCGCCCAACUUGGAGCCGGACUCCUCUGAUCGACGCUGUCGUGGGGGACGGCCGUUACGAGGGGCGGGUGAAGCAGAGCGCUGCCGCCAAGCGGAACAUGGCGUGGAUGGACAAAGUCGACUACGCUGGCUUUGCCGCGUUCAUGGGCCACCUGCACGAGUGGGGAUUCAAGGUAAUCCUGACCAAGGCAUGCAGCAUGGCUGACUUCCUUGCGUACGCCCACGACAUCGUGCGCAUCGCCGAGGAGCACGGUGGAGUCAGGACAGCUUAUCAGUACGAUGUUCUCCAGAGGAGGGCCACGGCCAGGGCCCUGGAGGAAGACGUCGUGGAUUUGGCGCCUUACUUCGCCGAGAUCGAUCGUGAAAACCUGGCUGACGCCAAAGACAAAGUAAACAAAAGCUUCACGGAGGCUGGCCGGGCUGUGACAGCUAAGGGGCAGCGGCCGAAGGGUCAGCCCAAAGGCUGUGCCAAGGGCGUUGCCGACAAGGGCGGCAAGGGGGGUAAGAAGAGCUCCGGCGGCACAGAGGCUGACAACCAGCCUGUCCG